CGUAAACAGCAUCUGACAUUUUUCGCAUAAUGCCAAGCGAGAUGUCAGUUGCCGGUUCCUAUUUUGGUAAAUUUUUCUUAAAAUUCCGCAGUGGAUCGAUCCUGGAAAAAUCCUAUUAGUGGAAAUCAUCUUUAGGGAUGCUAAUCACACAUUUUCGACUCCACACAACUUUCAAGUCCGCUCAACUGAACAAUGUGCGGAACCUAUGGACAUAUGUGGCGCGGGCGUUCAACUUGGUAGACUCUGCCCGCCUUCAGCAAGUUGGACCUGAUCGGCUGUGCGCCGAGUGGGUCCUGAAGAACUCAGGAGCUGUGGCCUUCACAAUUGCACCUGGCCAAUAUCUUCGUGACUACAAUGCUCUUCCUCCGGAGAAUAUUCGCCUGCAGGUGAAGGAAAUCGACGCUACUGACGCGACCAUCAUGAAAGUUGGCUUCGAUCAUUUGAAAGGUUGCAAGAAAGUCGACAAGAUCAUUUUGCACAGAUGUAAACACUUGGAGGAUAGUGGGUUGGAAGGACUAGCAUACGCGACGGAACCGUUACGCCAUUUGGAAGUUAUAAAUUGCCCGAAUCUGACGGAUAAUUGCUUGAUGGCCCUCAAAUGUCUUAAGAACUUGGAGUACUUGAAAAUCGCAAACAUGCAAUUUGUUAAAAAUAUACAAAAUGUGAAGAGCGAACUGAGCAAAGCUCUUCCAAAUUGUAAAAUAGAUAUUUCAUAGUUUUACUGACUAAUCUUAUUAAACUCGCAACUGGUUGGCAUUUGUAA